UGCUAGUGGUGUGGGUGGCAAUGAACAUGCUGGCAGACACCUUUGCAGCCAUGGACAUCUUUCCCAGCGAGGUGCAGCUGCUCCUUCUCUCAACUCCUCUCCCCUUCUGCCCUCUCAUCCCCCUUGCACCCUCAUCCCCCUUGCACCCUCAUCCCCCUUUGCAGCCACGGACAUCUCUCUCCUUGCACCAGCUGUUUCUCAACCCUCCCCCCUUCUCCCUCUCCCUCUCAACCCCAGGUGUUCCCCCUACUGUUCAUCAUAAUUCUCAUCGUGUGGGAGGCAAUGAACAUGCAGGUAGACACCUUUGCAGCCAUGGACAUCUUCCUACCGAGGUGUUCCCCCUUCUGUUCAUCAUAAUUCUCAUCGUGUGGGUGACGAUGAACAUGCUGGCAGACACCUUUGCAGCCAUGGACAUUUUCCUUAUUGAGGUGCAGCUGCUCGCCAUGGUCGCCAACUUCAACCUCAACUUCCCCGCCUCCUGGGUCAAGACCGUCGUGCUGCUAUACAACAUCGCUGCGUUUGAUCCCGUGAGUUUCCUGCCGUUGUCACUGUGA